CGGGGGCAGAGCCCCGGCGGAGCCCGCACGGGGAUCCCGGCUGUGCCGGGCAUCGCCGGGGUGCGCAGGGCUGGGCCCGGGGGAGGAGUCCCUGGAGCUGCUGCUGGUGGCGGGGAGCGGCUCCGGGAGCCCCGGGAGGUGGCGGUGCUCGCGGGCCGGGCCGCGCUUUGCUCGGCGCUGCCGGGGCUGCCCUGGCGCGGAGGCCGUGCCAGAACCGGCCGCUCUCCGGGACGGGGCUGCUGGAGCCCUGCGGCUCCCGGCAGCGCUCGGGAGGAGUCUCGGUGUCCUUAACGGGGAGUUUCCCUUUGCUCCAGGCCCUCCCCGGUGGAUCAGGAGCUGCUGCCCCGGUGGCCGGAGGUCGGAGAUGGGCCGGCGCUCCUCGGACACGGAGGAGGAGGGCAGGAGCAGGAGGAAGAAGAAGCACCGGCGGCGCUCCUCCUCCAGCAGCUCCUCGGACAGCCGCGCCUACAGCCGCAAAAAGUCGGGCAGGAAAUCCAGGUCCAGGUCGCGCUCUCGGGAUCUCCCGUCCUGGUCCCAUUCCUAUGAGAAAAGGCGCAGACACAGAUCCAGCAGCAGCUCUUCCUACGGCUCCAGGAGGAAGCGCAGCCGUUCCCGGGGCAGAGGCAAAUCCUACAGGUCCCAAAGGUCCAGGUCAAAGAGCAGGACCAGGAGGUCGCGCUCGCGGGCCCGGCAGCGCUCGUACAGCCGCAGCAGCGAGAGGUCCGGCCACAGGAGAACCCCCGGCGGGUCCCGGGAGCGCCGCAAGGCCAGGGACAAGGACAAGGCCAAGGACAAGGGCAAAGGGAAGGACAAGGAGAUCCAUGGCACCAAGGCUGGGGACUCUGCAAACAUCAAAGCUGGAUUAGAACAUCUGACUCCUGCUGAACAGGCCAAAGCCAGGCUGCAGCUGGUUCUGGAGGCAGCUGCCAAAGCAGACGAAGCGUUGAAGGCCAAGGAGAGAAGUGAAGAAGAAGCCAAGAGAAAAAAGGAAGAAGACCAAGCCACCCUCCUGGACCAAGUGAAGCGAGUGAAGGAGAUCGAGGCCAUCGAGAGCGACGCCUUCGUCCCACAGACCUUCAGGUCCAGCAAAGAAGUCAAAAAGUCAGCAGAUCCUCCUGAGCUCCAACAGGAGCCUGUGAAUGUGGGAGCAGGAGCCCCUGAGGCAGCUGCUGCUGAGAAAGAGCCUCCAGCUGCCAACAUUCCCACUGCCAUCAAGUACCAGGAUGACAAUUCCUUAGCACAUCCAAAUCUGUUCCUGGAGAAGGCAGAGGCUGAGGAGAAGUGGUUCCAGAGGCUGGUUGCUCUGCGCCAGGAGCGGCUGAUGGGGAGCCCCGUGGCCUGACGGCUGCCAGGGCAUCCCAGCCCCUUCCCACGUGCAGCUCCCGCUCUCAGCUGCUCUUCUUGUCUCUUAGAGGAGGCUUCAGUGAGCUGGGCAGGCAGGGAGGGUUUCACCUGGAAAACCAGGGAUCUUCUGUCCUGCUCCACCUGGGGAAUCAAGAAUGUCCUGCCCUGCUCUACCUGGAUGACUGGGAAAGUUCUCUCCUGGUUCCCCUCAAUGACCAGGAAUGUCCUGCCCUGCUCUACCUGGAUGACUGGGAAAGUUCUCUCCUGGUUCCCCUCAAUAACCAGAAUGUCCUGCUCUGCUCCACCUGGAUGACUGGGAAAGUUCUCUCCUGGUUCCCCUCAAUAACCAGGAAUGGCCAGCUCUGCUCCACCUGGAUAAGCAGGAAUGUUCUCUCCUGGUUCCCCUGAAUAACCAGGAGUGUUCUGCUUUGGUUCCCCUCAAUAACCAGGAACGUUCUGCUCUGCUCCACCUGGAUAAGCAGGAAUGUUCUCUCCUGGUUCCACUCAAUAACCAGGAACGUUCUCUCCUGGUUCCCCUCAAUAACCAGGAGUGUUCUGCUUUGGUUCCCCUGAAUAACCAGGAAUGUUCUCUCCUGAUUCCACUCAAUAACCAGGAGCGUUCUCUCCUGGUUCCCCUCAAUAACCAGGAAUGUCCUGCUCUGCUCCACCUGGCUAACCAGGAAUGUUCUCUCCUGGUUCCCUUGAAUAACCAGGAGUGUUCUGCUUUGGUUCCCCUGGAUAACCAGGGAUGUUCUCUCCUGGUUCCCCUGGCUACCCAGGGAUGUCCUGCCUUGGUUCUCUGCAGGCUCCAUGCUGGAGAUGGGCAGGGCAGCACAGCCAGGGGCAUUUCCAUUUUUUUGGAGGGAAUUCCUCAGGUGAAGAGCACCUGGCAGCCCAUGAAAUAUCAUUUUAUCUCUCCCAAUCCAGAAAAUUUUAUAGAGCCAGGUAGGAGCUGGGAGGUAAGUGGGAACUGAGGCUGGGGGCUGGGGGAGUGAGGAGCCAUCAGUUGCCCUUCCAUGUCCUGCAGCUGGAGAGGAUCCAGGAUCCAUCCCUGUUAUCCCUUCCUCCUGUGCAAUCCUGAACAUCUGGGCAGGCUCCUGCCUGAGGGAAUCCUCUCCCUGGAUGUGUUCAUCCCUCUGCUCCCACUGCCUCACUCUGGUGGAAAAUGCUCCACGUUUCCUUGAGCAUCUGCCACUACUGCCCCUCCAAAAUGGGAAUUGUAUCAACCUCAUCAUUUCUGGAAUUGCCAAAUGAUGGAAUUGCCACACACCUGCUUCUGGGCAGGGGCUGCUCCCAGCCCAUGGAGUUCCCUGGGGCCAGGUGGGACUUUUAAAUAAUCAAAGUUUAGUCUGAACAUCUGAAUUUAGCCUGGAUAAGCUUCCACAAAAAUCUGCCCAUCAUCCAUCUAAGUGCAGGAAAUCAACCAAAUCAAAUAAAUAAAAUACAAAAGUGUUUCUUCAGCAAAGCUGGGGGGAAAUUGUCACAUCAGGAGAGGAGAAAACUGAGCCCCACCUCUGGAUGAGCUCCCUGGAGCUGCCCUGCAUCAGCAUUCCCUUGGGAAGCUGCUUUUUGGGAUUGUUCCUCCUGCUUCUCAGAUCUGUGGUGAUAAAAAAUGGAGGCUGACUCUGGAAAUGGACUUUGGUUGUUUUAUUUUUUAUUUUAGAUCCUGGAUGUAAAAGGAAAAUGUAUUGAAUUUGCAUUCUGACACAUUUUUACUUCCUUUAUGAAGGGUUAGUUUGACUUUAUCCUGCAUCAAAAUAUUCCAAGACCUUGUCUGCAGGAAAAAGUGGGAAAAAAUUUGUUUCCCCUGUUUCAUUUCAGCAUUUUUAAAUGGUAAUAUUUGUCAUUGCUGCAUUUUAUCAUCACCUUUUAUGUUUGUUUCAUAGAAAAUAAAAACUGUUUGAUGUCCAUGGAA